CUUAAAGGCUCAAACGUUUGCGAUGAUGUCAGCUGCUACAUUUACCGGGAUGAAUGCGCAAGGGCACUGUUGGAGAAUGGAUCAGCGCCAGAUGCGUUAAAUGCCUUGGGUCAAUCUCCACUCAUGGUUGCUGCCCAGAAAGUUGGAACAAAGGUUGUCAUCCGCUUACUCCUGGAAGCGGGCGCCCAAGUAGAACGGGUUGAUCACAAGGGCAGAUCUUCUCUUUAUUUAGCGGUUAAAGAAGGCAGGAAAGAGAACGCUGAGGUCCUUAUUCAGCACGGCUGCGACAUCAACUUAAGAUGUCACAAGACGGAAAAAACAGCUGUUCACGUGGCCGUGGAUUCAUUAGACACUGCCAUGCUAAACUUGUUAAUUGAGAACGGAGCUGAUCUAAACAUGGCUGACUGUGAAGGAGACACGCCUUUGAUAAGGUUGUUAUCAACUACAUUGCACAUGUCUCCUAUGAUACAUAUAUUAUUACGAGCCCAAGGGGAUGUGAAUCAUCAUAACAACAAAGGGUAUACUGCACUGAUGAC